AUGGGCAAGAACAGCACAAAAGCUUCCAAAGGGAAAUCGCCCCAGAAUGACGCCAGUAAGAAGAGGAAGAGAGAGGGGAAAUCGAAAGAUGAUCAACAGUCCGUGAAAGAAGCGAGCUUCUCGUUAUUCGGACAAGUGAAGAAUACAGAAUUGGAUGCUGUCUUCGCCAAGAGUAGCGCCUUCGCUCAACCUGCUUCAGCUGUAGCCAGCAGCUCCAAAAUCGCUAGUCAACCUGAAGUGACCGAACAUAUUUCGAAGAAGAAUAAGAAAGAAGUAUCACCUGAACCUGAGGAGGGCUCGGAAGAAGAUGAAGAUGAGGAUGAGGAUGAAGACGACGACGAUCUUGGCGAGGCGUCAGAAGCAGAAGAAGAAUCAGGACCAGAGAAGGAUGUUGUCGACCAAGAUGAGGGAGAAGAUUCUGAUGUAGAAAGUGAAGAUAUGGUUCAUGAGAGUGUAAAGGCCAAAGCUGAGAAGAAAGCCAAGAAAGGUAAAACGUUGGGUAAAUAUGUGCCACCUGGUGAAACACAAGUGGAUAAAGAUAGAAGGACGGUAUUCGUUGGUAGUUUACCACUUGAAUGCGCUCAAUCGAAGUCUGCUUUGCACCAACUCAAACAACAUCUUCUCUCCUUUGUCCCUUCCGCCAAGAUCGAGUCAGUACGAUUCCGGUCAGUCCCCUUUGCUGCUCCCACUGCUUCUCUCCCGACCGACGAUCCAGAGAAGGACGCUACCCAGCGUGCGAAGAGGGAAAAGGAACGUACAGCAGCAUGGAGAGCCCAGCAUGAGGGAUCUGAUCUGCCUAUCAGAAGGUCCAGGGGGGAUGACGAAGAGCCUGAGCAGGGCAAGGUAUUCUUAGAUUCCAAGGGCAAGCGAAAGGUCGCAUUCAUCAAGAAAGAUUUUCACUCUGAACUUGCCUCAUGUAACGCAUAUGUCGUCUUCGCUCAUCCUCAUCCCGAUCGAGCAGCCAAUGUCGCUCCUAUCCUUGAUCCCUUCGAAGCUGCUCCAACGGUCCUAGCGGCAAAUACAAGUACAUUCAUGGGACGAACUAUCCGAGUUGACACAUUACGACUCCCGUCGGCCGUAGCGCUUCAAUCGGCUGGUAAUGCCCUUGCCAAGCGAGAUGCAUGGUUACCCAGUGGGACCGAUCCCAAAAAGAGUUUGUUUGUGGGAGGUCUGGACUAUGCUGCUAAAGAAGAGGAUAUCAGAGUGUUCUUCGAAGAACUGGUCAAGGCUGAGAGAGGACCAGCUGAGGAUAAAUGGGUAACGGGCGUGAGGUUAGUGAGGGAUAAAGAAACCCAAUUGGGCAAAGGUUUUGGAUAUGUGCAUUUCUCAGAUCGAGAAAGUGUAGAUGAGAUUCUCGCAAUGGAUUCUAAACAAAUCAAAUUCGCCAAACGAUAUCUUCGAGUCCAACCUUGUAAAACACUUCCUUCCGCCAAUACACUCAAUAAUACUAUCAAAACACUUGCAUCUUCUUCUUCCAGUAAAACAGAUAAAGACAAGAAAUCUACGAAAGCCACCAAAACAUUCAUCAAGUCUUCUGGACCUGUACCGAAGGGUGAUCCAAGAUUAGGAGAGAAGAUCAAAGAUCUUUCGAAAGAAGAGAGAAAGGUUGUCAAGAGUUCUGAUGCUGAUAGACAAGCUAGACGUUUGGCUAAGAAGAAGGCUAAACACACUUUGGAGAAGAACGAGAAAGGUGCCGUCAAGUUGAGCUUGACGAAAUCUGAGAGGGACAGAGGUAAGAAUGCUAAACCCAAGGCUAAGAAGGGGAAGAUCAGAGGUCCAGCUGCUAUUGCUAAGAUGAAAGGGUCAAGAGGGUAA